AUGGAUCUCGCUCGCUCUUUAACGUUCGCCCUCACGUCGGCCUCCAUGGUCGCCGUGGCCCGAGGCGAGUUUGCCUUAACGACGGACUCCAACUGCCAUUGCUACCAGACCAACGCGACCCAGUCGAACUACUUUUCACACCACCGCUUCUUUGACUUCCGGUCACUUCAGGACCACAUCAACGUUCCAAACCCCAUCGACAACUGGGAUGAUAGCGCUGGCGCACCGCCCACGAGCGACUACUUCACCAACUCCCAGUUCGCCGAUGUCUGGUCGAUACAGAACUGGAGCAACUCGGAGUUGAUAGACCUGGACAACAGCACCAUCACCGACGCCACGCUCCAGAUGGUCAACUCGCCCAAUAACAUCUACAUCGAGCGGGACGAGCAGCAACCUGACAAUACGCACCUCACGCUCCGCACGAUCCGGCACCAUGAUUUCCAGUCCGCAGCUGAAUUCGAGUCGGUUAGCGAAAAGUACCACUUCCUCUCGAUGCGCAUGGAAGCGCGCACCCAGGGGCCCCCUGGAGCCGUGACCGCCAUGUUCACAUACCGCGCCCCACCAAACCCAGAAGACACGGAUCUCGUGCAAGAAGCCGAUCUCGAAUUUCUAACGCGCGAUCCACCCCACUACGUCUCCUUCACUAACCAGCCAGCCUGGAACAGCACCAGCGACAUCCCCGGCGCCUCGCACAACGUGACCUUCCCCGGGCCCGGCCGCCGCUGGUCCGACUGGGCCGAGUACCGCAUGGACUGGACACCCGGGAGCAGCACGUGGUUUGUCGACGGCGAACUGGCCAGCCACAUCACCUUCCAGGCACCGCGUGAUCCGUCGCAGGUGAUCUUCAACGCGUGGAGUGACGGCGGCAGCUGGUCGGGCCGCAUGCCCAAGGGCUCGACGGCGUAUCUCCAGAUUCGGUGGAUUGAGAUGGUGUACAACAACACUGACUCGCAUGGACAGCACAGUAAGCAGGAGAAACAGAGCACCUGCGAGAAUGUGUGCAGUAUUGAUGAGACUUCCAAGAUUGGUACGCCCGUUUUGGUGUCGGCGGGUUAUCGCCAGGCAGUCCAGACCGCGCUUCUCUGGUCGCCUGUGUUGGUCGCAAGUCUUAUGUCGUUGGUGGUGUAA